CAAAGAACCAACAACUGCAGAUCCAGUCCCAAUGUCCCAUCCACGGACCAUGGCUCUCACCAACGUCAAGGGUUUUUCUAGACGGUCCCGAAUCGUUUCUGUGCGACUCUCCACUCUGUCAUGUCAGAUUGUUUGCCAGAGUUUUGUCUCCCGAUACACCGAGGCUCUCUCGCAUUCUCUCACGAGUCACUUUGGACAAUUUCCAUUCCCUUUCAGCAAAUACCCGCCGCCACAUCGGGCUGCCUUCGCCAAUGAGACGCAUUUCCAAACUUCGUUUCGGGGGCUUUGGACCAACCACGGGCUCAGGAUCUCCAGAGAAAUGUGGUCGGUGGCCUGCCUGACACUUCUACAAACUCCGGGGUGUGCCAUUCGCAUCCCUCAAUCGUGUGCUAGAUCCGAACGCCGUUCGUCGUCAGUCGUCAGUCGUCAGUGGCCAGGAAUAGCAACAUCGUGCAGGACAUUGGAUGGGACGAGACAUUUCUUGCGGACGACGACUACCUAAACAAGAACCAACACAAUCCCAUCCGGACGCCUAGUUGUUUCCAGCUCUCGCCUUCUCCGAGCCGGCCUCGAAUCUUGGUCCAUACAGUCCCCCUCAUUUUCUCAUACCGCAGUCAAUCUUACUCUAGCCACCUUGCUAUUGACCUGGCCGGUAUGCAU